AUGUGGCUCCUGGUUCUGUGCCUCGCCCUGUCGUGGGGGUGGACCGGCGCCGCGCCCCCUGUGCAGUCCCGGAUUAUAGGGGGCUAUACGUGUGCAAAGCACUCCCAGCCCUGGCAGGUAGCUCUAUACCACUACAGCGACUUCCAGUGCGGGGGCGUCCUCGUGGACCCCCGGUGGGUGCUCACAGCCGCCCACUGCAUCAGCGAAAAUUACCAGCUGUGGGUCGGUCGCCACAACCUAUUUGAGCACGAGCCGGAAGCGCAGUACGCCCAGGUCACCGGCAGCUUCCCACACCCGUGCUUCAACAUGUCGCUCCUGGAAAACCACACGCGCCAACCGGACGAGGACUUCAGCCACGACAUCAUGCUGCUACGGCUGGCCGAGCCCGUGACCCUCUCGGAUGCCGUGCAGCUGCUCAAGCUGCCCACCCACGAGGUCCCGGUAGGGACGACCUGCCUCACCUCGGGCUGGGGCAGUACCACGCCGCCAAAGAACUUCUCAUUCCCAGACGAACUCCAGUGUUUGCAGCUCGACAUACAGAGCAAUGCCGAAUGUAAGAAAAACCACACCUAUAAAGUGACGCCAUUCAUGCUGUGUGCCGGCUACCCAGAGGGCGGCAAGGACACCUGUCUGGGCGACUCUGGGGGCCCACUGGUCUGCGAAGGUGUGCUCCAAGGAACCGUGUCCUGGGGCCCCGUGCCCUGUGGCAAGCCCCACAGACCCGCCGUGUACACACGAGUGCUGUCCUACGUGCAAUGGAUCCGGGACACCAUGGCGCAAAACCCCUGA